CAUGCACAGGGAGAACAUGCAAACUGCAUGCAGAAAGACCCAGGGUUGGAUUUGAACCGAGAAUCUUCUUGCUAGACAUGAACCAGCUUUUCUGUGUCUGGGAGGGAGAGAGUGGGACGGAGUUUGGAAAUGUUACGGAGAUAGUACAAAGAGAUUUAUAUGGGCUUCAAAAGUGACCUGGGAUAAACUGUUGAUAAGAAUGGGAUGUUAGUACCAGAAAAGCUGAUGCUGGUUAUGGAUAAUGAUUUAUCAUGGGGUCAAUCCUCAAUCCAAUUGAAAAUCUUUGGAUAGAGCUGUACUCUGCCAUUGGAGAACAGAACCCCGCAAACUUUGGACCUCCGAUUGAAAGAUCCUGCUGAAAUAAGUUUUGAACAUUUCCAUUUAUUUUCUGAAGAUAUUCACUCAGCUAUGUAAAACAUGAAAGGGGUGCCAAUAAUAACAAUAAUAACAUGCAAAAUAUUUUAUCACAUGACUUUCUGGAACGGGUGUUGUCUAUUUCUUCCAAGACCAAGCUUUUAAAAAACAUUCAGAGGUUUUAGAUCUUUUUUUACAACUUUUCAGAAGAUUUCAAAGUAAUAAAACAUGUAAUAUUGAUAUUAUACCACAAAUUACCCCAAUGUGGGGCAUUAAAGGAUUUCUUUUUGUUAGUAUUCUUAUGUUGUCUGCUGAUAUCACUGUCUGAAAUUUAAUACAUCUCCGCUUAUGUUUGCAGGGCAGGUGGAGCCAAAAAAUGCCUAAAAGGCGCAAACUGCCAGACCGUCGUGUGGUUUAUUGCCUUAUCUGCAAUAAGCCACAGACCGCCAUAUCCUGGCACCUGGCCAAGCGCUGCAUGGCACAGGAGACGCCGGAGCAGCGGCAGGCCGAGGUGGUCCGAGCGAAGCGCUCGAUGAAGCGCUGGACAUUGUUGGGCAGGCGGUGGGACUACAGUCUCCUGGAGAAGUGCUGUAAGGACCCCGCCGACAGGUACAGACUGCUGGAGCACCUGGAGGAGAAUGACUUUUUAGUCAUCGACCCACCCGGGGAGGAUGAGCGUGGGCGGAUGAAGGCAGCGGCCGCAGCGUCCGACAAGGCGAGGCAGAGCCGGCUUGCGGGCCUGCCGUCGGUCGAGGGCCCUGCUGUUACUGAGCCAACCUCCCCUGCGAGCAGCGAGGAAGAGGCCCCAGAGACCCCCACAGCCAGGGUGUCGAAAGGGUCCCGCAGGACCUUGAAGCGCCUGGGCAUGUAUCAGUGGGUGUCCUCAGACGACCCGCUGAUCCAGAGCUACAGGGUCCAUCUGAAGGAGGUGGCGAAAAUCCGCAACGCCGAAAAGGAGAUCUCCAACGUGUGCAGAUGGCUACGCUUCCUCCUGCCGGACGCAGACGGGGCCUCCGUCGAGUUUGUGCGCUCCCCAGACAAUGUACGGGCGUAUGUGGACAACUUGAUGGAGGCACGGCUAAGCAGGGCCACCAUCUGCAUGCACCUGGACAAUCUCCUGCGGUUCGUGGCAUUUGUCAGGGAGCAGUCGGGCUCCCUGACAAAUGUACGACGCCGAAUGCGACACCUUUGCCGCGGCCCUCAAGUUGGCAAUGCGGGGCAUCAGGCGCGAGGGGGAGCCCGCCGAAAGCGCCAAGCUAGUGAGCGGACCACAAACCACCCUGUACCACUGCCAGACGAUCCUCCGCAGGGCCCAGGAGGACGUGACCGCUGUCCAGACCAAUUUGGACCAGGAGCGCCACGUCACGGAGGAGAACAAGACGCGACUCCGGCAGUACUGCGCGGCCCUGCUCCUGCUCAAGGCGCGCGUCAAGCCACGAGAGAGUGGCUGGAGCGCACCAGCUACGGCGGCUUUGUGGCGGUCACUUGCCGUCGGCAGGAUGGACAUGAGUCCUCCUUUGCCCUGGGGGAGGACGACGCCUCUCUCAUUGAGACCUACUUCAAAAAAGUCAGGUCAGGCGUUGUAAGGGGCAACAAGAUGGUCGGGACCCAUCUCUUCCUCUACCGCUCUGGGGCCGUCAUCGCCAGCGCUCACGUGGAGUUGAGCCGCCUUCAUCGCCAGUGA